GCCGCGCCCGCAGAGAGGUGCUAGAGAUCUCUUACAGCGACUCCUUGUUGUCAGCUUGUAAGAGCUUAAGCGUUGACGAGUCGAGAUCGUUUUUCUCACCUAGAGAAAAGUUUGAGACAGCAAAACUUUAAAAAAAUGCGUGAGUGCAUCAGUAUCCAUGUUGGCCAGGCUGGAGUCCAGAUUGGAAAUGCCUGUUGGGAGCUUUACUGCUUGGAACACGGCAUCCAGCCUGAUGGGCAGAUGCCCAGUGACAAGACCAUCGGAGGUGGAGAUGAUUCCUUCAACACGUUCUUCAGUGAGACUGGAGCAGGCAAACAUGUUCCACGAGCUGUGUUUGUGGACUUGGAGCCAACUGUAAUAGAUGAGGUUCGUACUGGUACAUACCGCCAGCUGUUCCACCCUGAGCAGCUGAUCACUGGGAAGGAAGAUGCAGCCAAUAACUAUGCCCGUGGUCACUACACAAUUGGCAAGGAGAUCAUUGACUUGGUUCUGGACCGCAUCCGUAAACUGGCUGACCAAUGCACAGGUCUGCAAGGUUUCCUGGUGUUCCACAGCUUUGGUGGUGGCACUGGCUCUGGGUUUACAUCUCUUCUGAUGGAACGUCUCUCCGUUGACUAUGGCAAGAAAUCCAAGCUUGAAUUCUCCAUCUACCCAGCUCCCCAGGUGUCCACUGCAGUGGUGGAGCCUUACAAUUCCAUCCUGACAACCCACACUACCCUGGAGCACUCUGAUUGUGCUUUCAUGGUUGACAACGAAGCCAUCUAUGACAUCUGCCGAAGAAACUUAGAUAUUGAAAGGCCAACUUACACCAACCUGAACCGCCUCAUCAGUCAGAUAGUUUCCUCUAUCACUGCCUCCCUUCGCUUUGAUGGUGCCCUGAAUGUUGAUCUGACCGAGUUCCAGACCAACUUGGUGCCAUAUCCCCGUAUCCAUUUCCCCUUGGCCACUUAUGCGCCAGUUAUCUCUGCUGAGAAGGCAUACCAUGAGCAGCUUACAGUAGCAGAAAUAACCAAUGCAUGUUUUGAGCCAGCCAACCAGAUGGUUAAAUGUGACCCUCGCCAUGGCAAGUACAUGGCCUGCUGUCUCCUUUACCGUGGUGACGUAGUGCCAAAAGAUGUCAAUGCUGCUAUUGCUUCUAUUAAAACCAAGCGUAGCAUCCAGUUUGUGGAUUGGUGUCCCACUGGUUUUAAGGUUGGUAUUAACUACCAGCCUCCUACUGUGGUUCCUGGAGGUGACUUGGCCAAGGUUCAGCGGGCUGUAUGUAUGUUGAGCAACACCACAGCUGUUGCUGAAGCUUGGGCUCGCCUGGACCACAAGUUUGACCUGAUGUAUGCCAAGCGUGCCUUUGUUCACUGGUAUGUUGGUGAGGGUAUGGAGGAAGGAGAGUUCUCAGAAGCCCGUGAGGAUAUGGCUGCCUUAGAGAAGGAUUAUGAGGAAGUUGGUGCUGAUAGUGGUGAGGGUGAAGAAGAAGGAGAGGAGUAUUAAGUUCAGACUUAAAUGUUGUCUUGUUCUGCUUUUAUUUGUAUUCUGAUUCUGUGCCUUACUUUUCUCCUGUGAAACCUGUUAAUAAAACUUUCCUGAAGUGA